AUGUCUACUAACCCGAACCCCCAAAAUAUUUCAUGUCUCAAAACUCUCACAUUGAAUAUUCUUAAGAAUAGCUCUCUGGAUAUUAUUGCAAAAGGCAUUGAAGUUCCAGAACUAGAUCCAUGCUCAAGUUGUCUUGAGGAUUAUAUAAAAGAUCUCCCACAAUGCCCUAAAUGUGCAAUGGAAAUUGAAUCUAUUGAUUAUGUGCAUUCUGGCACUUCUGAGCAAAAAGGUAUAAAAAAAGAACCUACAAAUCUAAAGAAAUUAAUUGAUGAGUUGACUACCGAAAAUUUAGAUUCUACAGAAAAUAUUAUUACACAGUCAAGUUCAGUACCUACCGGUGAAAAUAAUCCUGAGUCAGUUGAUUUUCUUAACUUAUAUCGUCAGAUUGUAAAAGCUGAAGAUGGUAAUAAAAAAGCCAUUCAAAAUGUUAUUAGAACCUAUUAUAAUUUUGGCCAUGAUCUUAAAAAACGUCUUAAAUACUAUAAAAAAAAUCACAAAAAACAAGCAGUUGGUGUUUAUCCUAUUGAGAGUGAGGAUUGCGAAUUGGAUAUUACUUUAUUUAUUCCGAUGAAUGAUGAAGAGAGAGAUCCUAAUUCACAAUCGAUUUUUGAAACAAAUGAGUAUUAUUGUGUUGGCGGAAAAAUCGUGCUUGGAUCUUACAAUGGAAAUUUAAGAUUAAAAAUGACUGUUGCAUCCUCAACUCACCUUUCAAUUAAAAAAGAUUUCGGUUCAAAUAGGUGUCCAUUAAAAGUUUCGCUUGUUGGUGUUGCUCAGGAUGCACCUAAAGAGAUUAAUCGUGAAAACGCAAUACUUAAUGUAUUAGUAAAUGAUUAUGCCAGGCAAAUUUACAUGCUUUUUGUUGUAGGGCAAAUGGAGAUUAUUGAAAAGGAUUUAUAUGUGUAUGCCGUCGAUAUUUCUUAUGUUGAUACUGGUUCUGCAACAAAGAAGAAA